AUGGCGGCAUUUCAAAAGUUGAAUGACUUCACAAUCAAAAUGGUUAACAUUGCAACAGGGGACACUAAGAAAUUUGAGGGACAUGAGGCCCCUGUGUUGAGUGUGGUUUUGGACCCCAAAGAGGAGUUUCUGGCCUCUGCCAGUUGCGAUGGAAGUGUGCUAAUAUGGAAACUGGAAAAUCGUGAAAAAGUGAAAAAUUUGCAAAUUCUUCCUAAAGUCAGUGACGUUAGCUUGACCAAGGGAUGGUGCAGACUAUGCUGGGAGAAGAACGGAAAGUUCCUGUAUGUUCCAAUGGAGAAAGAAAUCCACAUCUACGACAGAGGUACCUGGACAAAAACGGGAUCUUUACAGGACAGUCAAUUUUCUGGGGUGUACUCAGUGCUGGAUAUCUCACCUGAAGGUGAUUACCUGGCAGCAGGAAGUUACGACGGACAAAUUCUGAUUUAUAACCUACAAACCAAAACCUGUGUGGACAG